AUGAAGGCUUUAAUUCUUGUCGGCGGCUUCGGCACACGCCUUCGCCCUCUUACCCUCACCCUCCCCAAGCCCCUAGUCGAGUUUGGCAACAAGCGCAUGAUCCUUCACCAGAUUGAGGCACUCGCUGCUGCCGGUGUUACGGACAUCGUGCUGGCUGUGAACUACCGACCUGAGAUCAUGGAGAAAUACCUUGCCGAGUACGAGAAGCAGUUUGGUAUCAACAUCACGAUCUCCAUCGAGAGCGAACCCCUGGGCACCGCUGGCCCUUUGAAGCUUGCGGAGGCCGUAUUAAGCAAGGAUGACACACCGUUCUUCGUCCUCAACUCGGAUAUUACCUGCGAAUACCCCUUCAAGGACCUCGCCGCUUUCCACAAAUCGCACGGUGACGAAGGCACCAUUGUUGUCACGAAGGUUGAGGAGCCGUCAAAGUACGGUGUCAUCGUGCACAAACCCAGUCACCCAUCCCGCAUUGACCGGUUCGUCGAGAAGCCAGUCGAGUUCGUCGGCAAUCGCAUCAAUGCCGGUAUCUACAUCUUCAACACCUCGGUCCUGAACCGCAUUGAACUGCGUCCGACCUCGAUUGAGCAGGAGACCUUCCCGUCCAUGGCUGCCGAUGGCCAGCUCCACUCUUUCGACCUCGAGGGCUUUUGGAUGGAUGUUGGCCAGCCCAAGGAUUUCCUAACUGGCACCUGCCUCUACCUCUCUUCCCUCGCGAAGAAGGGCUCCAAGCUGCUCGUACCAUCCUCGGAACCGUACGUGCACGGCGGCAACGUCAUGGUCGACCCCACCGCCAAGAUUGGCCAGAACUGCAGGAUAGGGCCGAACGUGACCAUCGGCCCCGGCGUCGUGGUUGGGGAUGGCGUUCGGCUGCAGCGUUGUGUACUGAUGGCCGGAUCCAAGGUCAAGGACCAUGCUUGGGUCAAGAGCACCAUUGUUGGCUGGAACAGCACUGUGGGCAGGUGGGCACGUCUCGAGAACGUGACGGUCUUGGGCGACGAUGUUACCAUCGGCGACGAGAUUUACGUUAACGGCGGCAGCGUCUUGCCACACAAGACUAUCAAGGCCAAUGUCGACGUCCCUGCCAUUAUCAUGUAA